UCCCGUACUUUUUUACAUUUUUAAGUUUUCUAUAAAUACAUAAAAAACCGCAGUCUAAUUUUUAUACAAAAAUAUGUACAUUUAGUAUAUGUAUAUUAUAAAAGGUAAGUGUACGAUUUCGUUGUACAGUAGUGCCUUACUAACUAACUAUUUUCUUGCCUUUUAACUAACCAUUGCCAGAAUUUUUUCUCUAUCCUAUUCAUACUGAACCAGAAUUUCGUAUGUAUAUAGAACGGUACUCGUUUGCUAAGUGACCAAAUUCGGUCUCGUGGCCAGUUAUUAAGGCAAUAUACUUUAAUUGUAAAUUAAAGAACAUUUACUAUUGGAAAGUAAAUUUCUUCGCAUUUUAUUUCAUUUUAAAUUAUUUACAAAAUGCAAGGUAUUUGAAAAAUAGAAUUUAACACAGGUUCUAUGUAUAGAAACCGGUACUAAGAAAGUAUGUUCUUAUUAAAAAAACAGGUAGUAUAGCGGGGAAAACUACAACGGUACUUACAUCAAGCUAGAACUCAGUAGUGGGGAUACAAAUAUACUGUGAGCCAUACCAUUCUGCGAACUAUUAUUAACAAAUGGUAUUAAAAUUAUAUGUUUAAUCAUGUCUAGUAAACAGAAUGUUAAUGAAUGUACAAUAUAUACCCAAAUGAUGAACUUAAAAGUGAAAACACUUUUAAAUAUAUUUUUAUAUUCUAUAACGGGUCCAAUAAUUUUAUAUUGUUUCUUGUCCUUUUUAUACUACCAUGAAAACUUAAGAAAAACGGCAGAAAUAAAAGAAAAGAAUCCAUUAUAUAGAGUAUACACGAAAAGUAAUGAUACUGAAUAUUUAAAACAUGUAUUUCUUGUAUUGGAACGUUUGGGAUUUAAACAAACCAAUGAUGCAUUUAAUUGGGAUUUAUUGUGGGCACAUGACUAUCCAUUUAGAAGUUUAAGUUCUAGCUUAAAGAAGUUAAAAGCUCAUCAACGUGUUAAUCAUAUUCCCGGUUGCGGAUAUAUUACGAAUAAGGUGGAUUUAUCAACCGCGGAAGGUCGCUACAUUUUACCAGCAUUUAAGAUACCAGAACAAAGCAGCGAAUUUCUUUUGUAUGCUAAUCAGCAUCCAGAAAAGAUGUUUGUACAAAAAUCAAAUGAUCAUCGGGGUAUUAGCAUAAAAAAUGUGAGCGAUAUAAAUAUUACAGAAACUGGAUCUUUUGUACAAGAAUUUAUACAGCGACCAUUUCUCAUAGAUGGAUAUAAAUUUGAUAUUGGAAUAUACACCGUGAUCACAUCCGUUGAUCCUCUUAGAGUAUAUAUAUACAAAGGCGAUGUGCUCUUUAGAUUUUGUCCUGUAAAAUAUUAUCCAUUUGAUCCUGAAGUUUUAGACAAAUACGUAGUUGGCGAUGAUUACUUGCCGAUUUGGAACGUUCCAUCUUUGAAACAUUAUUAUACUAAAUUGAAGUUUUCAAUGAAAGAUUCGUUCGACGCAUAUGUACGUAUGCAAGCGAAAGAUCCUGAAAAAGUUUGGAGUGGUGUACGCGAAGCAAUCAGAGAAAUUACUUUGUCAAAAGAGAUUUAUAUUAGAGAAGCUAUAAAACGUUUCGGAAAUGGAAGAAAUUUUUUCGAGUUAAUUAGAAUCGAUUUUGCACUCGAUGAAAAUUUAAAUGUUUAUACCAUGGAAGCAAAUAUGUCUCCAAAUUUAUCUUCAGCGCAUUAUCUGCCAAAUCAAUUACUUUACGAACAAGUUAUAUUUAACUUAUUUUCGUUAGUUGGCAUAGGACAAAGAAUCAGGAAAGAUUCUUUGGAAAUAAGGAACAGAAUGGAGGAAGAAAUGGAAGUAGCUGAGAAGAAUAUAAUGGUUUUGCCAGAACUUUGCAUAGAAUGUAAUGAUUGUUUUCGUGUAGAAUGUCAGUUAUGUAGCCCAUGUUUCACACCUGAAACUAAACUGAUUUUAUCUCAAAGUUAUUUGGAAAAUCAGAAUAAAAUGGAUUUUCAAAGAAUCUUUCCACCUCCCAUAACAAAAGAUAUGAUAUUAAAAGAUUACACAUUAAAAAAUCAAUUACUUGUCAGAUGGUACCAAGGCAAGUGUGAAUUAGAUCAUUCAUGGUGUUCAUAACUACAUUUUUUUGGAAUUUAUUCCUUCAUAAAUAAGUACAAAAUAAACAAGGCCACUAUAUGUAUAUAAAACAAUUUGCUCUACUGGCAAUGUACAAUUAUUAAUACAUAAUAUUUUGUAUAAAAUUGAUUUGUUUAUGUAUCAUAUUAUAAAUCAGAAUAGAAACUAAAA